CGUUCGCGUCAGUUCGGAAUCGCAACUCGACACGUACGGAAGCAAUGGAUUGCUGAGCUGUUUUGAGCACUGUCUCGAAUAAAUUUAUGCAUUUAAAGCUAGAAUAAAGUACAAAAAUAAAGUAUUCACCGGACUCAAUUGUGAUAGUUGGCUUUGUAAUUGUUGGCGACACAGCAACUGCAGGCGCAACAACAGCGGAACGAAAAAGAUAACAGAGAACGUGUGCUUGGCUGAGUGAACAAUAUUGUGUUUUUCCGUUCAUUUUGUUCACGGAAAAUCAAUAUUGACUGUGAAAGCGCAUUAUAACACGAUUUCCAUAUCGUCGAAUCUCAUCGCAGAGGAAAUUUCCAGCGGAAACUUGAGUUUUUCAAGAGAAAGAGAAAAGCCGUCAAGUUUCGAGCUCAGAGUGAAGCAACCGGAGAAGAAUUUAAGGAUCUACAACCUAGGGAAGAUAACAAAUACCAGAACACAACAUGGCUUAUGUAGUAGCAGAUCUGAUGUCUUAUGGACCUCCCGCUUUCGAUCUAGUGCACGAUCAGGUGGAUAACAACACGAACGCGACGACGCAGCUAUUCAAGAACAAUAUCUACAACAUCAUGAACGAGCUAAACCGCGAGGAGGCGCGCCUAAAAACCUUCACCAACUGGCCACUGGAGUGGCUGGACAAACGCCAACUGGCCCAGACGGGCAUGUACUACACAAACGUCGACGACAAGGUGAAGUGCUAUUUCUGCGGCGUGGAAAUCGGACGCUGGGAGCAGCAGGAUCUACCAGUGCCGGAGCAUCAGCGAUGGUCGCCCAACUGCCCGCUGUUGCGCCGCCGCACCACCAACAAUGUGCCGGUCAACAGCGAGGCCCUGGACCGCAUCCUGCCGCCGAUCAGUUACGAUAUCUGCGGCGCCAACGACUCGACGUCGGCUGUGGAGCUGAGGGAGCACGCGUACGCAGAAGGACGCAUCCCCAUGUCGCAGCUGAUCCAGUCGAUAGGCGUGAACACAGCGAACGCGGCAGCCUCUGUCGCUGGAAUCGCCUCCCCGCCGCCCAUCAACUCCAUCGCCACGCAUGCGUCGACGGCCACUCAGGCCAACGGCGACGUCCAGCCGGAGACGUGUCGUGCCCCAGCCGCCAGUGGCAAUUAUUUUCCCGAGUACCCCGAGUACGCCGUGGAGUCGGCACGCCUGCGCACCUUCGAGGCGUGGCCGAGGAACCUAAAGCAGAAGCCCCACCAGCUGGCCGAGGCGGGUUUCUUCUACACGGGCGUUGGAGACCGAGUCCGCUGCUUCAGUUGCGGCGGUGGGCUCAAGGACUGGGACGACAACGACGAGCCCUGGGAGCAGCACGCCCUGUGGCUCAGUCAGUGCCGUUUCGUCAAGCUGAUGAAGGGUCAAGUCUACAUCGACACGGUGGCCGCCAAGCCAGAGCCAGCAGAGGAGAAGGAGGAGAGUCAAAUAGGGGUCGAGUCGGCCAGCAGACAGGCCCCAGCCGAGCAGCCGACGGAGGCAUCGGAGGCGGCCAGUUCGGGGGAUGUGGCCCCGUCCGCGCCUGCCACGGCCGCUACCCGCAUCUUCGACAAAAUCCAGGAGGCGACAGCGGUGGCGGCUCCGUCCUCCAACAACAGCGGCUCCUCCUCCUCCAUACCCGAGGAGAAGCUGUGCAAGAUCUGCUACGGCGCCGAGUACAAUACGGCAUUCCUGCCCUGCGGCCACGUGGUGGCCUGCGCCAAGUGCGCCUCCUCCGUGACCAAGUGCCCGCUGUGCCGGAAGCCCUUCACCGAUGUGAUGCGUGUAUAUUUUUCUUAAGAACGCUAACCUGGACCGAAGUCCCCAAAUUCAAAAUAAACAAUAUGGAGCCCA